GCCACGCGCCGGUGGCUUCGGCACAUGGAUGUCCCAUGUGGGAACCCCGGGGCCGGCUCCGGGGCUGGGAUUUUGGAUUUUGGGGUGCUGUGCUGGGGGGGAGCUGCGUCCGAGCUUGUCCUGUGGUGCCGCAGCGCGUCCGGUGCUCUCCUGCCUCUUCGCCGCUUCUUUUGCAAGAGGCGAUUGCUGCCUUGGGCGUGCAACAAACCAGUUUCCCUACCUUAGUGAACAAGAGGCGAAAUAGGAGCAAAUGUGAGCGGCAGCUUUAAUUAGUGGGCUGCUGGCAGCUGCUCGUGCUCCCUGCGGGGGGGGGGGGAUGCGCCAAGUGGCUGUGCUCCUGGAGCAGGUUGCAUCUCGCCGCCCCUCACCUGCGCCCUUCUCCUUCCCCUUGGUGUUUCCUCAUGGCUCAGCCACCAUCCCAUUCCUCCAGCUCACUGCUUUUUGGUCCCUGCAGCCCUGUGGGAGGCGGAGGAGGAGGAGGAUGCGUGAUGGUGUGAGGCUGCUGGGGUGGGAUGCUGCUGCUGCAUCCACGGGGGUCACGGUCGCGUGGUUCGUGUCCCCGUGGCGGCUGUGCGGGGCGGGCGCUGCGCCCUUUCUGUCGCCCCCAGAUCUGUGUGGUUUUGUGGGUGUCUUGGUGGGGAUGGGGUUGGGGUCAGCUCUGCCUGGGCUGGGCUGGGUGCGGGAGGGGAUCUGGGCUUCGUGGAAGCGGGGAGCAGCUGGUGGCUUGCUGCCCGCGGGGACCCAUCGUGCGUGGGGACGAGCGGGUGAACCCCCCGGGGGUGGCAGCUCUUGGGGACGUGAGCCCUGACCCAUCCAAGUCCCCUACCCGGGCACUCAGCAUCGGCCCGGUGCAUGGGUGGUGGCUGCGUGGGAGCCUGCUCCGCGUGGGAAUUGGGGAAUUUGACGUGCUCAGGUCCCCCCCCUUCCUACAAGACGAAGGCUGGGAGCUUGCUCCCCAUCAGUGCAAAGGGCACAAGGGGUCUCCCCAAAUCGCUGGGAUCUCCCCUGCCUUUUGGCUCUUGCAUUUCCCCACCUGCUGGGGACAUCCCCGUACGCGCACCCCGGGGUGCCUGCAGCCUCCCACGCAUCAGGCAGCUGCAGGUUGGGUGGCACCGGGGGGGGGCGGUGGUGGGUUCCUGCCGGCGGGUGCCCCGCAGCCAUCGAAUGCCACCGUCCCCUCCCCUGGGGCUCCGUCAGCCCGCGGCGCUCGGCGAAGGAAGCGGAUGCUGCGGUGGGAGGUGGCAGCAGGGAGGGGACAUCCCGUGGGGGUGCCCCGUGGCAGGGGGGGAUGUUGGGGCACCCCCAGAUCAGGGGAAGGAGGAAGGAGAGCCCGAUCCUGGCGUGGCUGGGGAGCAGGAGCGGUCGGAGCGGGUCCUGUUCCCUCGUUGCACGGGUGGUGGUGCAGCGAUGGAGCCGCCCAGGUGAUGGCUCCAGUUGCUGUGGUAUCCAGGGAGCCCUCCUCCUGCCGCGGGAGAUGCACGCCGGGCGUUGCUAAGGUUGCCUCCGCGGUAACAUGCGCAUCCUGUUUACACCUGCAUCCGGAGGAGAAGGGCUCGGCUAGAGGCACCGCUGCGCCCGGGCAGCCCCCAGGGACCCCCGCGGGGCCGCCCCCAGCUCCCUCCCCAAAAAGCCGCAGCCUCGCGGCCGGCCCCUGCGUCCCGGCGCCCCGCGGCGCCGCUGCCGCCGGGUCGAGAUGACGAACAACGUGGCCGACCACCACCCCGGGAACUCGGUCGCCGAAGGCAACCAUGAGGGGGACUUUGGGUGCUCCGUGGUGGAGCUCAGGAACCUCAUGGAGCUGAGGAGCGCCGAGGCGGUCGCCCGGCUGAACGACUCCUACGGCGGCGUGCACAACGUCUGCAAGAGGCUGAAGACGUCGCCCGUCGAAGGUCUGUCCGGGAACCCGACCGACCUGGAGAAGAGGAGGCAGGUGUUCGGCCAGAACUUCAUUCCCCCCAAGAAGGCCAAGACGUUCCUGCAGUUAGUGUGGGAGGCGCUGCAGGACGUCACGCUGAUCAUCUUGGAAAUAGCAGCCAUAAUCUCCCUAGGCCUGUCCUUCUACCACCCCCCAGGCGGUGACAAUGAACUGUGCGGGCAGUCGUCGGGCGGUGUGGAGGACGAGGGCGAGUCGCAGGCCGGCUGGAUCGAAGGGGCGGCCAUCUUGUUCUCGGUCAUCAUCGUGGUGCUGGUGACCGCCUUCAACGACUGGAGCAAAGAGAAGCAAUUCCGGGGCCUCCAGAGCCGCAUCGAGCAGGAGCAGAAGUUCACGGUCAUCCGCAAGGGGCAGGUGAUUCAGAUCCCUGUGGCCGAGAUCGUGGUGGGAGACAUCGCGCAGAUCAAAUACGGUGACCUCUUGCCAUCAGACGGGAUCCUGAUCCAAGGGAAUGACCUGAAAAUAGAUGAGAGCUCGCUGACCGGGGAGUCUGACCAGGUCAAGAAGUCUCUCGAUAAAGACCCCAUGCUGCUGUCAGGUACCCAUGUGAUGGAGGGCUCCGGGCGGAUGGUGGUGACCGCUGUGGGGAUCAACUCCCAGACGGGAAUCAUCUUCACUCUCUUGGGGGCAGGAGAAGGAGAUGAGGAGAAGAAGGUGAAGAAAGGUAAAAAAACCGGAGCCCCCGAAAAUCGCAACAAAGCUAAAACUCAGGAUGGUGUGGCCUUAGAGAUCCAACCCCUGAAGAGCCAGGAAGGGGUGGAAAAUGAGGAGAAGGAGAAGAAGAAGGUGAAGGUGCCCAAGAAGGAGAAGUCUGUGCUGCAAGGGAAGCUGACGCGCCUGGCGGUCCAGAUCGGGAAGGCAGGGCUGAUCAUGUCGGCCAUCACGGUCAUCAUCUUGGUGCUGUACUUCGUCAUUGACACCUUCGGGGUGCAGGGCCGGCCCUGGCUGGCGGAGUGCACCCCCAUUUACAUCCAGUACUUCGUCAAGUUCUUCAUCAUCGGUGUCACCGUGUUGGUGGUGGCCGUGCCUGAGGGGCUUCCGCUGGCCGUCACCAUCUCCCUGGCCUACUCCGUGAAGAAAAUGAUGAAGGACAACAACCUGGUGAGACAUCUCGACGCGUGCGAGACCAUGGGGAACGCCACCGCCAUCUGCUCGGACAAGACAGGCACGCUCACCAUGAACCGCAUGACCGUGGUGCAGGCCUACGUGGGGGACACCCACUACCGCCAGAUCCCCGACCCCGAAGCCAUCCUGCCCAAGAUCCUGGACCUCAUUGUCAACGGUGUCGCCAUCAACUCUGCCUACACAUCCAAGAUCUUGCCACCAGAGAAGGAAGGGGGGCUACCCCGGCAAGUGGGGAACAAGACGGAGUGCGCCCUGCUGGGUUUCGUGCUGGACCUGAAGCAGGACUACCAGGCGGUGCGCAACGAGGUGCCAGAGGAGAAGCUCUACAAGGUCUACACCUUCAACUCGGUGCGCAAGUCCAUGAGCACGGUGCUGAAGAACGGCAACGGUGGCUUCCGCAUGUACAGCAAGGGAGCCUCCGAGAUCAUCCUCCGCAAGUGCACCAAGAUCCUGGACAAGAACGGUGACCCCCGGGUGUUCAAGACAAAGGACCGGGAUGAGAUGGUGAAGAAGGUGAUCGAGCCCAUGGCGUGCCACGGGCUGCGGACCAUCUGCCUGGCCUUCCGCGACUUCCCCGCCGAUGCCGAGCCCGACUGGGACAGCGAGAACGAGAUCCUGUCCGACCUGACCUGCAUCGCUGUGGUCGGCAUAGAGGACCCUGUGCGGCCAGAGGUGCCCGAUGCCAUCCUGAAGUGCCAGCGCGCGGGCAUCACCGUCCGCAUGGUGACGGGGGACAACAUCAACACCGCCCGCGCCAUCGCCACCAAGUGCGGCAUCCUGCUGCCGGGGGAGGACUUCUUGUGCCUGGAGGGGAAGGAGUUCAACCGGCUCAUCCGCAACGAGAAGGGCGAGGUGGAGCAGGAGCAGCUGGACAAGAUCUGGCCCAAGUUGCGCGUGCUGGCCCGCUCCUCCCCGACGGAUAAGCACACGCUUGUCAAAGGAAUCAUCGACAGCACCGUUGGUGACCAGAGGCAGGUCGUGGCCGUCACCGGGGAUGGGACCAACGAUGGCCCAGCGCUGAAGAAAGCUGACGUUGGGUUUGCCAUGGGCAUCGCAGGCACCGACGUGGCGAAGGAGGCUUCGGACAUCAUCCUGACGGACGACAACUUCACCAGCAUCGUCAAGGCGGUGAUGUGGGGCCGCAAUGUCUAUGACAGCAUCUCCAAGUUCCUGCAGUUCCAGCUGACCGUCAACGUCGUGGCCGUCAUCGUGGCUUUCACAGGCGCCUGCAUCACGCAGGACUCCCCCCUGAAGGCCGUGCAGAUGCUGUGGGUGAACCUGAUCAUGGACACCUUCGCCUCCUUAGCCCUGGCCACCGAGCCCCCCUCUGAGUCCUUGCUGCUCCGCAAGCCCUACGGCCGCAACAAGCCGCUCAUCUCCCGCACCAUGAUGAAGAACAUCCUGGGGCACGCCGUCUACCAGCUCACUAUCAUUUUCACGCUGCUUUUUGUGGGGGAGAAGCUGUUUGACAUCGACAGCGGCCGCAACGCCCCGCUCCACUCCCCACCCACUGAGCACUACACCAUCGUCUUCAACACCUUCGUCAUGAUGCAGCUCUUCAACGAGAUCAACGCGCGCAAGAUCCACGGGGAGAGGAACGUCUUCGAGGCCAUCUAUCGCAACCCCAUCUUCUGCACGGUGGUGCUGGGGACUUUUGCAGCCCAGAUCAUCAUUGUGGAGUUCGGUGGGAAGCCCUUCAGCUGCUCUGGGCUCACCCUGAGCCAGUGGUUCUGGUGUAUUUUUAUCGGAGUGGGAGAGCUCCUCUGGGGCCAGCUGAUCUGCACCGUCCCGACCAGCCACCUGAAGUUCCUGAAGGAAGCCGGCCACGGCAUCACCAAGGAGGAGAUCCCAGAGGAGGAGCUGCCCGAGGACGUGGAUGAGAUCGACCACGCGGAGAUGGAGCUGCGGCGGGGGCAGAUCCUGUGGUUCAGGGGUCUCAACAGGAUACAGACGCAGAUGGACGUAGUUUACACAUUCCAGACCGGCGCCUCCUCUUUGCAGGGAGCCCUCAGGAGACAGCCUUCCAUCGUGAGCCAGCACCACGAUAUCAAAGUGGUGAAUGCGUUCCGUAGCUCCUUGUACGAAGGCCUCGAGAAACCCGAGUCCAGAAGCUCCAUCCAUAACUUCAUGACUCACCCAGAGUUCAUCCUGGAGGAAGACGAGCCUCGAACACCAUUCCUUGACAGCGCUGAAGACGACCCCGAGACCGACGGACUCAAAAAGCGAGGUGGGGAUAGCCUGGGUGGAUCGACAUCCCUCAACAGAAAUAACAAUGCAGUGGACAGCGAUCAAACCGAGGUCACCUUCCCGGAGCCCGAAAGCCCCUUACACAGCUUGGAGACAUCGGUUUGACCUUAGAACUUCGACCCCCUCCUCCUCCUCCUCCACCUUCGCCCCGCGCCCUGUGUGAUGUUGGCACCAGUAACUGAUCACACACUGCGGUCACUUCGUGUCAAACUGCUCAUACGUAUAUCAUUUCGGGGAUUUUUGUUUUUUUUUCUUAUUUUUUUUAAACGAUUAUUUAGCUGUGGGAACCGGAGUACCACGAUGCUGGGUGUCGGGAGAGGGGCUACGCCAAAAUUUUGUGCAUCUUCAUCCCUAAUUUUCAGUGGUACUCGCCCAAGUGAAACAGCCAGGUCAUUUCCUCUCCAGGAGUUGGGCUCCAUGCGUCCGUAGGGGGGUUUUCACUUUGAAAAAAUGCAUGUUCAAAGAAAAGUUCAAAUUGUUGUAGUCUUACAUGCACGCUCCCUGCCCGAGGGCUGUGGGCUGCACUUCUGACUUUUAUUUUUCCACUUGUGGUUUUUAAGGUUUUCUUCUAAUGUUGGGGUUUGUUCUUUGCUUGUGGGAUUUGCCCCCGGUAACUUCACAGUGGGAAGUGGGGGAGUUAGCACUGUAGUGCGACAAGGUGAAAAAAAAAAAAUAAAAAAGCAAACAAACAGCCAGGAGGAAGGUGUUUACUCGCAGGUUGAUAGAUACAGGGAUGUACACCAGUCUUCCACCUUGAAAAAAUGGUACCUAGCCUUUACAGCUCCUCCUCUGCGUGCGCACACGUUUCUCUCUGUUUCCAAAGCAGUGACUGGUAGACAAGGAAUGAAAGUGACUCGGCUGUAGCCAUGAAAGAUCCUGUUGUGUGUUGUGUUUUUUUUUUCUACCAAGUUAAGUGCAGGUGAACUGGCAGUGUAAAGGGGGUGAGGAAGAACCGUGGUGGUGAGCAGCAGGGCUCUUUCCUGAGGAAUCCUAAGAAAUGCAUCUCUUCUGCUUGCGAACGGCUGUGAAACUUUUGGCAAGAGCCCUGUAAAGCUUUAACAGCCCCUGCUGUCAGGAGCAGAAUUUUUUUUUUUGUUUUUUUCCUGUUCUGGCUUGUGUGUUCAGCUGGGCCAAAUAAUCCUCCAGCCUCGGAGUGCAAGCUGCAGCUAAGUGCCGAGGAGCCCCGGAGGAUGCUCCAGCGGCGCCCACCAGCUCCGCGCAUCCCUCCCCAAGCGGUAGGAGGAUGAGCAGCGGGUUAUUGGUGGUACGGCUGGGCCAACUUAGAUGGUGGAAGGGACAGGUCAGGUUGUCUGCGUGGCCCCUGGAAGGGAGGGGGUCUCCGUGGCCAGUGGCAUGACCCGUGAUUGCCAGGGAAGGGGCUCCCUUGUGGAGGUGGCAGGCUGGCUGGCUGGCUGCAGGGCUCCCAGGGGGUGCUGCAUGCCUCACUUGCUGCUUUUUUUUUUUUUUUGAAGAUCAUCUCUUCACCCCGCAUCCUGCCUCGCCUCGGUCUCCUGUAACUGUUUCUCCCCAGGGUGAGAGCCUCGGGCUGUGGAGCAGAGGUCCUGGGGUGCUGGGCAAGUCGGCUCUGCCCCGACCCUCUUGCAAAGCCAAGAAGGGGGCAGAGCAGGAGGCAGGGGUUUGCUUUGCUCGGGCUUUAGUUUUUUUUCCCCAUGGGUGCACCCCUGGUUAGUGGCUUUGGGUGGUUAGGGCUGGAAACAGCCUACAGCCUUCUGUCCCUUGUCCCGUUUGGUUUGGUUGGAAGCAGAGAGAACCUGGUCAUAACUGGCUGUACGAUGUCGUCGUCUUUGCCCAGCCUCUGUCCCUGUAAGCAGAGGUGCCCACGAGAGGUGGGGGGCUGGCUAGUUUCUUCUUUUUCCUUUUCUUUAAGAACGCACAGCAGAAUCUCCCGUGCCUUCUCCGAGCACUGCCUGCAGCACCGCCUGCCACGCGAGGGCCCAGUACUUUGCCAAGAAAUAAGUGUUCCUUAAACGACAACAGCAAAAACCAAGUGUCUUUGUUUCGUUGCCCAGCCCAGCACCGACCCACCCGUCCCUCCCCGGUGCUGGCAAGGGGAGGGGGGGGGUGAAGGCUGGGCUCCGUACACUGCCAACAGCAAGGAGAAAUUGCCACCACUGCCCCUCUCAAUUGCAAAUUCAGUGUCGAGACACCAGCCCCUGCCCGCGCAGACAAAAACCCAUCGCUGUCCUCCCCUUCCUCCUGCACGCGAGCCGAAAAAAUGCCUUGGGCAGGACACGGGGGUGCUGCUUGCCUGGGUGUGCACCAGUGGUGUAAGAGAGGGGUGGCCGUGGGGUUUGGGGACAUAGCUCAAAAGAUCACUUUUUUUCUAUUUUAAAUACUUGCAAAAAAAAAGGAAAAAAAAAAAAAGAUUAAAACAUGAUGUUCUUACAAGCUCACAUAAAUAUUUAUUAAAUACUUGGGGGGCACUGUUUUUUUUUUCUUUUGAUAUUUUUUUUAUUACCUCAGACCUGCUUUAAAAAAAACAAACAACUUUAAACCAAUGAAAAACAACAAAAAGCCAACUUUGGAGGCUCUUAAAGUCGCUCCCAGAAAUCUGUGACUGGUGGGUUGCCGCAAGGGUCUGGUUGUUCAUUAGCUGAUCUGUUUUUGUUGUUCUAGUUUCCAUGUUAGGAGGGGGAAAAUAAUUAUAUAUAAAUAUUAUGCAAAAAAAAAAAGAUAUAGUUUUCUUUAGAUCAAAACUGAUAUUUUUACGUCAGCCAUAUGUAUUUUGUUUAAAGAAAAAAAUAAAAAAAAUAAAAUCUCGAGUCCCGCGUCCGCGACGACGCGUGACGGCAGUUCAGUGACAGGUAAUAAAUUCAGUGUAUCAGCGACCGGAUGCCAGUCAGCUUCCUUUUCUCUGAGCAGCCAUCUUUCUACUAGACGUUAGUUGGAUGAGACAAAUGUUUUUUUAUAUAAAUUAUGUUGGUAUGGCUGGUUGCUUAAAGUAUAAACGUUUAUUGUGCAUACAUCUUUUAUGUAAAGUUUUUUUUCUGUUUAGUUUCAGUGAUAUACUGGCAGCAGAUGACUAUUGGGUUAAGUUAUUGAGGACAUUAUAAAAACGGUUUGGGGGAGAUCGGUGCUCUACGUGGAGAGGCAUGGUCGGCAGCAUGAACUUCUGGGGACUCUCUGCAACAUGCCUUGAAAGAGGGGGAGAUUUUUUUUUUUAUUUUUAUUUUUUGCUUUGUUUGAACUGCCACGAGUGUGCACGGGGGAGAGUGCCAUGCCAGACAGGAACCGAAGUCAUACCCUGUGAUAUGUGUUAACUUGCCUUGGAAUGCUUUGUUAUUAAAACACUCUGAACAUAA